AUGAAAUCUCAACCAUCACAAGAUGAUAACAUAAUUCCAGAACCAACAUUACCACCAACUCCAUCAAUUGAUGAUGAUUCCAAAUGUAUUUAUGAUUCAGCCAAUCCAUAUUCAAUAGAUCUCCAACCAACGAUUGGAACUAAUGUCAAAUGUCCAACAAAUGAAAAAGAACUUCAUUAUGAUCUUUCAACUUAUCUAACAUGCACAGAUAAUACCAUAAAAACUCCACUUAUUCAGUUUCAUAUUCAACUUAUGUUUGCAUUAAAACAAAAUAAAAACAUGGUUUUAUCAAUAAUUUAA